AUGGUUAACCUAAAAAACUAUUUUAAAAAACAUGUUAACCGUAAAAGAAUCUUGAUUGUGUUAUCAAUUUUAAAUGAUAAACAUUUCGUAUUUUACAUUCAUUACCCUUUGUUUACAUUCAAGGUCGUGAUUUGAAUAAACUUGUACCAAGUUUCAGUUUUAUAUUCCUUUUUCAAAAAUGCUUAAAGGAACGGUUAGUUUGGUUACUGGUGGAGCUAGUGGCUUAGGAAAAGCCACAGUUGAAAGACUUAUUCAACAAGGUGGUCGUGUUGUGAUAUGUGACUUGCCUGCAUCAAAAGGAAAUGAAGUUGCAAAAGAAUUAGGGGAUAAUUGUGUCUUUGCACCAGUUGAUGUGACAUCGGAAAAAGAUGUAGCUGAUGCUCUAUCACUUACUAAGGAUAAGUUUGGGAAACUCAAUAAUCUCAUUAGUUGUGCAGGAAUUGCAGUAGCUUUUAAGACAUUUAAUUCUAAUAAAAAAUUGCCCCAUAAAUUAGAAGAUUUUGCUAAAGUUGUGAAUGUAAAUGUAAUAGGUACCUUUAAUGUCAUUCGAUUGGCUGUAGGUUUGAUGAUAGAAAAUGCACCAGAUGAAAAUGGGCAAAGAGGUGUAAUCAUUAACACAGCAAGCAUUGCUGCAUAUGAUGGUCAAAAAGGACAAGCAGCUUAUGCUGCUAGUAAAGCAGGGAUUGUUGGAAUGACUUUACCCAUUGCUAGAGAUCUUUCAAAUGAUGGUAUUCGAGUUUGCACAAUUGCACCAGGUCUGUUUGAUACACCUCUUGUGAGUAUACUGCCAGACAAAGUUAGGGCCUAUUUAUCUAAAACUGUGCCAUUUCCACAAAGAUUAGGAUAUCCUGCAGAAUAUGCCCAGUUAGUACAAAAUAUUAUUGAAAAUCCAAUGUUAAAUGGAGAGACAAUAAGAUUAGAUGGAGCUUUGAGAAUGCAACCGUAACUUUUCUACUAAAACUUAAGGGGACUCCCCAAUUUUCGUUUGGUUGCUGUCACAAGGCACACCGCCGUCAAUAUUUUAUUUGUAAUUAUAAUUUUAUUGUUAGCAAAGUUGAUGGCUUUUAAAUUAGAUUAUCAUUUGAAAUAAAACAGGAAAGGCUGAUCCAGCUGAUAAUUAUUAUGUAA